ACGGAGGACGGUCGGGAGCUCGGGAGGCGGUGUCCGAGGAGGUCUGCUCCCAUCUCAGAUUGACCUAUGAUGCUUGCAGGGCAUACAUGAGGAAUUUUCAAUGUUUUUACUGUAUUUUUUCCCGUGAGGAUUGCACAUUCUUCACUCGGAAAGAAAUCCUUCGGUUGCAUGGCAGAUACCAUGAAAUGGCACCAAAUGUUGUGCCCAUGGACUAUACAAAGGACCCAGAUGUUAAACUACCUAUGCAGCUUAUAAUAAACAUGCCUGAGCUAAAGGAGAAUCCCUUCAAGGAAAGGAUUGUUGAAUCUUUCUCGGAAGAUGGAGAAGGGAGCCUCAGCUUCAAUGAUUUUGUGGACAUGUUCUCUGUGCUCAGUGAAAUGGCUCCCAGAGAGCUUAAAGCAAUCUAUGCCUUCAAGAUCUAUGAUUUUAACACAGAUAACUUCAUUUGUAAAUCAGACCUGGAAAAAACCCUCAAUAAGCUGACCCGAGAAGAGCUAACAGCAGAAGAAAUCACGCUAGUUUGUGAGAAAGUGAUAGAAGAAGCUGAUAUGGAUGGUGAUGGGAAAUUAGGAUUUGCAGAUUUUGAAAACAUGAUUUCCAAAGCACCGGACUUUCUCAGUACUUUCCACAUAAGAAUCUGAAGAUGUUUCUGUGAGCCAGUGUUAUCAGAAACGACUUGCCAGUCCAGCCUUUCUGAAUCUCAGGCACUUUGGAGGCUCUUGUCCUCUAUCAUGGCUUCUUAGAACUCAGCAAAAAAUACUGAAAUAAUUCUAGUCCGUCAAGAGUCAGAAACAUCAUUUGAUCUGCGAGACAUUUGGAACAGUGAUGUUUUUAGCUCCACUGCUGCCCAAGCACUAUGGCAAAGAUGGUUGGUUCUUGGGUUGUGGGGUUAUUUUUUCCACAGGCAGAACCAGAAUAUUAUUAAAGGUAUUUCCACAUGGUUUUUACAUUUAUGAAUACUUAAUACUACUCUUAAAAGCAAAAAAAAAAAAAAAAAAAAAAAGAAUUGACAGAAAGUUUAGCUUUGGUGACUUUUUCCAACAGAUUUCGAAAGAAAGCAAGGGCCUUAAAUAAUGAGAUGCCUCUAUCACUGUGUUAUACAGCUGGGGAUCUUGCAUGGAAAUAAUCUUAGGUGAAAGAACUGCAGUCAAGAUCAAGUUCCCAGUGUUGAAGACAACCACAUCCCAGGUUUGCUUUUCAGUCAGUGAAAUGGCAGUUGCUGGGUUUGGUGCUUACCUUCAACCAAUACUUUAUGGAGUGUCAUGUCCUUAUGAAACUUGAAGUAGUUGCCUUUUGUAUAUGAUUCGCAUACAUGAUUCAUUCUUUCCUAAGAAACUUUAAACUGUGUCCCUACUUUCAAAGGAGGUCUUGCCUUUUUCUCAUACUCUGGGCUGAUAAAGUUGGAUGGAAGAAUAUGAUCAUCUAUAACCCAUGAAGAAAUUAAAGAAGCACAGCACUACUACUAAGGACAUAAAAAGACCUUUCCUUUCUAAAUCAGCUAUGCAAUCUUUCCCAUAAAAUGCAUGAAUGCAGCUCUGUAUUUCUCUUCCCUCUCCAGCUGGAAAACAGCUGCAUCUUUUUGUUUUUAAUUCCAGUAUUGAUUAGGUACUGGGGCCUGAAGACAAUCAUAUAUGUAUUACUGUUCUAACAGUCAAUAGAAGGGCUCUGUCACUUACAUGGCUUCUGUAUCAAAGUCAUCACAAUUAAAACUUUUGAUGGAUUUUA